AUAAUCAGAUCAUGGGAGAAGAGGCGGCGGAGCAACAGACGCCGGCGCCGCCGUCACCGCCGCCGGCGAGCAGCUGGCCUAAGGAGGUGAGGGUGGAUGUAAUCGACGGCGGCGGCGCCUCGUCGGCCUCCAAGCAGCCGUCGUCGUCGUUCCGUCUCUGGCGAGUUCCCAAGCAUGUGCGCGACAUCAACAAGGAGGCGUACGGGCCCAAGUUCGCGUGCAUCGGGCCGUACCAUCGCCGCCGCCGCCGCCGCGGUGGCGGCGAUCGUGACGCCGAGGAGGAGGAGGAGGAGGAGAGACGCCUCCGUGUCGAGAAGCUCAAGGAGCGCUACCUCGACGAGCUGCUCACCGACGUCGUCGGGCCUCCUCACGUCGACGAUCAUCGCGCCAAACGAGACGAAAUCCUCCUACUCUGCACAUGUAGGCUCGGGGAGAUGCUGGAUUCUGUUCGCCGGUUUUACGCGGAGGAUCAGGAGUACUUGCGCGGCAUGACGGAUGAGGAGAUGGUGAGGAUGCUGCUACUCGACGGGUGCUUCAUCAUCAAGCACAUCUACAACUUCGCCAUCGGGUACGAUGAUCCGGAGCUGUACGCGACGCGGUGGUCGCCGGCGCAGCUGCGCAUCGACCUCGGCCUGCUGGAGAACCAGAUCCCCUUCUUCGUGCUGGAGGAGAUCUUCUACCACCUCACGCCGCAGACCUUCCUGGGCAAGAUCACGCGCCGCGUCGCCAAGGACGACGACAAGACGAUGCGGCGGAGGAAGAGGCACAAGCUGAUAGUCAUGGCGAUGUGGUAUAUGCUGCAGGACUGGUUCCAACUCCCCACGCGCGAGAGCGACGAUCUGUACAAGCUCAUCGCCGAGGAGGAGGUCCACCACCUGCUGCACCUGGUGCACAUAGCUCACCUCGCCAAGGUCGAUAGCGCCGGCCCCAAGUCUCCGCCAUGCGAGUGGCAGCUGUGCUGGCAGUGGCCGUGGCACGCCCUACAGCUGCUGCUCUGCAUCCUCCCACUCUUUCUCGUCAGCUUGCCGCUCCACAUGUGCCGGUGUUGCGCCGCCGGCGGCGGCGAGAAGACGGACCCCAAGGCGAACAUCGCGUCGGCGUCGCAGCUGCGGGGCCUUGGCGUCAAGAUCAGGAUGGCGAAGAGGGACCGAGGCGGGAUACUCGACGUGCGGCUCAGGAAAAGCCUUGAGAUCAGACUAAUACCGCCGGAGCUAGAGGUGCCGGCGCUGUCCGUCGAGGAGGCCACGGCGGUGCUUCUGCAGAACCUCGUCGCCUACGAGCAGCAGGGCACGCCGGCGCGGCAAGGACAAGACCAGCAAACCCAAGGGCGGAAGGGCAAGGACUACUUCACCACCUACGCCUUCCUCAUGUACAACCUCGUCAGCUCCACGGAGGACAUCGCCGAGCUCCAGGAGAAGGGCGUCCUCCUCAACAACUUCGGAAGCCAUGAAACGAUCAUCAAUUACUUCAAGAACCUAUGCCGGUGGAAUCAGCGGAGCAAGGAGGACACACCCAUCGGCAAGGUGCUCGAUCAGCUCAGGGUAUGUAGCCAGUACCAAUUAUACCGAGAUUGGGCGGAAGCGAAGAAGUACAUGGACACCCCUGUCAAAAUCCUUGCGCUCGUCGUGUCUACUCUGCUCGCCAUCUCCACGAUCCUGCAGACUACCACCGCCUUCUAUCCCAAAUGAUACAACUCACCUUAUUUUAUUCUCCUAACUUUCAAAUUUGGAUAAAUUUAUUUACUUGGAGUGCUAGUACUACCUAAUUUUUGAAAGCUUAUGAUGAAAUUUAAGUUCACAGUGAAAAAUAGACUUCAUUAAAAGCUUAAGGUUCAAAAAUAAACCCUACCCUAUUGGAAAUUAUCUAAUUUCAUCUUAGAUAUAUAUGCCAUAAAUAUGUGUGCAUAUUUGUGUGUGUGCGCGCGUGGAAUUCAUAUCCUCUGUGUUUUGUAGUUGUUACCAAAAUGUUGUAAUAAUUUAAUAAAUCCAAUAAAGGGGACACAUAUGUUUUGGGCCCUGA